GUGCGGCGCGCCCUCCGAGCGCAGGGAAUGCCGGGAUGGCGGCGGGAGGCUCGAGGCGGGGAUCGGCAGUCUUUACGGAGAAGUUCCUGCGGAUUACUUCAUGGCUGAAGAAAACAUUUGAAAAUGUGCCGCAGUUUGAAGUGAACGCGCAGACCAUUGAUCUCUUGCAUAUGUUUGUGGAAUACAGUGAAGAAAAAGAGAGAGAUGUUUCAUUUCUGAUAGAAGACAUGAAGCAAAGGGCAGCAGAAUACGAUGCAGAUGCUGAGCAUUUGCAGAGCCUUCUCACAGAAAGCCUCGAUCUUUCACCAUCCUGUCUGUCCGAAGAAGGCACUGCCCACCUUAAAACUCUGGUAGACAUUGCAAUGAUACUUGAAACGGAGGAUGCUUAUCUUACUAGCUUCUUCUGUGCCAUCAGUAAUAGGAGUUUGGAACUGCAUGCAGCAGAAUCAAAAAACAAAGAAAUGGAACAAGAAUUGCUCAACGUUAAGAAAAAAAUGACUGCUGUACUGUUGCUGGAAGAGCAGUUAGAAAAGGAUCUUGAAAAAGUAAAGACACAUCUUGAGAUUGAAGGAGCUAAAUCUGAGAGCCGAUCUCAGAACCUGCAGUUCCUGAGAGACAAAUGUGAGGAUUUAAAAAUCAGGAUUAAGACUGCUGAGAUGCAGCUUACUGGCAGUGGGUUAGACCAAUCACUUUUGCAUGAGUCACUGGUGGGCCUGUCUGAGAAACUGGCUGGAAUGCAGGAAGAAAUUGUGCAUUUGAAGAGGGACCUUGAGUGCUAUCUUGAUCUACCUCCUAAUCUUUCCCUUGCACGAGUGAAGGUUGAAGAAGCAAAACGAGAACUGAAUGCCUUGGAGGUAGAGUUCUCAGAGAAGAUUGAAAUGCUGACUUAUGAUGUGCUGGAAACCAGAAGACUCUAGUUCACCUGAAGUGUCCUGAAUAGGAGAUUUCCUUCUUGUCUAUUUGUUUGCACUAAUGAAAUAUACUGGACUCAGUAUAUUCUGCAGCUUUCUGCCUUGCUCUUAUCGUGGUUGGAUGGCGUGCUUGUGACCUUUCAGCAAGCAAGCUCUUCUCUUCAGUGGUUCAUGUAGCAGUGCAUUCGUAAAUGUCAGCUGUUUUUCCAAUAAAAUUCUUCCCAAACUUC